AUGACGAUUUUAGCUGGCGACUGGCUACAAGGGGCUCAUGUCUAUGCACUCUAUGAAUCCUAUGGCAUGUCAAAGCAUCAAAUCGAGAUACUCUUCAUUGCCGGCUUUGGCUCCAGUCUACUCUUCGGAACCUUCAUAGGAUCAAUUGCAGAUAAAUUGUGCGUAUUUUUGAGUGUUCAGCUGCGAGAUGGUCGACGCAAUAACUGCCUCCUCUAUGGGAUCCUGUACGGGUUGUCAUGUGUCACAAAACACUUUGGAACUAUGGAAGUUUUGAUGGUAGGACGAUUUCUGGGAGGUAUCUCUACCAGCAUCCUCUUCUCUGCAUUUGAAAGCUGGCUCGUUUACGAGAACAACAAGAAAGUGAUAAUGUUUCAGCGAGGUUUUUCCGAGAAUGCCUUAGCAACAGUAUUUUCCCAUGCAGCUCUUCUCAAUGGAAUAAUCGCCAUCCUUUCCGGAUUGGCUGCUCAAGCGGCUGCGAACGCUUUUGGAUAUGUGUAA